UCAUGGCGCGUCCCGUAAGGUACUGCGUCCCCGGCGAACGUCUGUGUAACUUGGAGGAGGGCAGCCCGGGCAGCGGCACCUACACCCGCCACGGCUACAUCUUCUCGUCGCUCGCCGGCUGCCUGACGAAGAGCAGCGAGAACGGCGCGCUUCCUGUGGUGUCUGUGAUGAGAGAGACCGAAUCCCAGUUACUGCCAGAUGUGGGGGCUAUUGUAACCUGUAAGGUCUCUAGUAUCAAUUCACGCUUUGCUAAAGUACACAUCCUCUACGUGGGGUCCACACCACUUAAGAACUCUUUUCGAGGAACUAUCCGAAAGGAAGAUGUCCGAGCUACUGAAAAAGACAAGGUUGAAAUUUAUAAGAGUUUCCGCCCAGGUGACAUUGUCUUGGCCAAAGUGAUCUCUCUAGGUGAUGCACAGUCCAACUACCUGCUGACCACUGCUGAAAAUGAGCUUGGGGUGGUGGUGGCCCACAGUGAAUCAGGUGUCCAGAUGGUUCCCAUCAGCUGGUGUGAGAUGCAGUGCCCUAAAACCCACACGAAAGAAUUCCGGAAAGUGGCCCGAGUACAGCCGGAAUUCUUGCAGACCUAAGAAGUCACAUUUUACCCUAUGGAGGGGGUAAUAUGAUUCCAGGAAUAUGUGUAUGAAAGUGGCAUCAAAAUGCCAUUGUCUUUAUUCAGAUACCUGGGAUCAGCCAGCUACCACCUCUUAAAAAAUCUACCAGGAACUUGGUCUGUAAGUGGAACAUUUUUCUUAGGAACUGUGCAGUGGAGUCCGUUCUCUUCAGUGAUGAAGCUUUUCUU